AUGGUGGCUCUCCUCCUCACAAGGUUAUCCGCUGCCUUACUCGCCGUCAUUGCCGGUCUCAUCCUGUCAGCAUUUCCCUUACCCGUCAUCAUCCUCACAGCCAUCGCCCUCGUCGCCCUCUUCGCCAUCUUCAUCACGUCCCGCCACAUCCAACUCGUCGCCGCCCGGCGCCGCGUACGCUGGCCCUCCAGCCCUCCCCCGGCCGCCUCCGCGCCGCCGCAGCGUCACGAUGACUACUGCCUCUUUGUGCUCGGCUCCGGCGGCCACACGCGUGAGAUGCUCAUGAUGAUGGACGACGGCACCUGCGACUUCCGCCGCUCCCACCGCCGCUACCUCGUCACCCGCGGCGACGCCAUGUCCCUGCACCAUUUACGCGCUUACGAAGCCUCCCUAACCGCUCUCUGCGCCGCUCGCCAAACAGAACCCGGCACGUACGACGUUGUGCACGUCACACGCGCGCGGCGCGUCCACCAGAGCCUGCUCACAACGCCGUUGAGCGCUUUGCGCAGCGUUCUCGACAUUAUCCCGGCGCUGCUGGCGCGGCCAGAGGGCAGCAGGAGGUAUCCGUCGCUAGUGUUCUCCAACGGGCCCGCGACAGGGUUCUUUGUGGCGGCCGUGAUUUACGCGCUCAAGGUGGUGGGCGCGGUGCCUGCGGAGAGCAUGCGCUUCGUGUAUGUCGAGUCUUGGGCGCGCAUAUCGACACUGUCGCUUACGGGGAAGCUGCUGCACUACACGGGGCUGGCGGACUUCUUUGCGGUGCAGCAUGCUCAGGUUGCGGCGAGGUACGGCGUCCGCGAUGUGGGACAGGUUGUCUUCAACGCGAGGCGAGACGACAUCGAGCACAAAUAA